UGAAAUUGAAAGAUAUUUUUAACAGUGAUCUGCAGAAAAAAAUGGCAGCCUCCAUCACAAAAACAUUGCCAAGAACAAUUAAUUUAAUAUCUAAUUGCAUGUAUGGCACAUCGAGAAUUGCAUGUUGUUGUAGACUAUCAUCGCUUUUAAAAUGUCACGAAUCACAAGUUACCAGCUAUUCUCAAAAUCAAGGUAGACAUAUUUUCACAUAUUCCCCUCUGAGACAAAGGGAUAGAAAUAGUCCAAAAGCAAGUGAUACUGUGGAAGAUACAGAUGAGCCAGAUGUUUUGUAUAAGAAGAUUAUCAUUGAGGUCAAAGGUCACGAUGAGAGGGUCCUCCGAAGUUACCAGAUAUUUGUCACAUUAGCCUGUAAACAUUUAGCCAUACCAAUAUUUCAAGUAACAAAACCUAGGGUUCAGUAUGAACGUCAUUCUGUAGCCAAAUCAGUACACAUCUACAAGAAGCAUUAUUCACAGUAUGAACAUAGAACUCAUUUCCUAGUUUUUGAGAUACAUAAAUUAACAGGGUCCACAGCAGAUACUUUACUAGAAUAUAUCCAAAGAAAUCUACCAGAAGGGACAGCCAUGAAAGUAACCAGGCAUCGUCUUGAGAAAUUCCCCGAAAAUUUGGUACCACCAACUGAAGACCAGGAACAGCUAGAAGCUUCUUGAAAUUAUUGUUAAAUAGAUAAAUAAAGUGUAUUGAUAACUUU